AUGUUCAGUGGGUUUGUUGGGGCCGGUGAUGCGGAGCCGAUGCCAGACACCUCCGAGACUGUACAGAUAUCUUCGCUUGCAUUGUUAAAGAUGCUCAAGCAUGGGAGAGCGGGAAUUCCUCUCGAGGUUAUGGGACUGAUGCUUGGAGAAUUUGUUGACGAAUACACAGUGAAAGUUGUUGAUGUAUUUGCCAUGCCUCAGAGUGGUACAAAUGUCACUGUGGAGUCUGUGGAUCCUAUCUUUCAAAUGGAGAUGAUGAGCAUAUUGAAGGCAACCGGGAGGCAUGAGACGGUGGUAGGGUGGUAUCAUAGCCAUCCAGGGUUUGGGUGUUGGCUAAGUACAGUCGACAUAAGUACCCAGCAGAGCUUUGAGAAACUAUGCAAGAGAGCUGUCGCGGUUGUUGUCGAUCCUAUCCAAAGUGUUAAGGGAAAGGUUGUAAUUGAUGCCUUCAGGCUCAUUGAUAAUCAGUUGGGCGUCCUUGGAGGAGAACCAAGGCAGGUGACCUCUAACAUCGGGUAUCUUAAGACGCCUACGCUUAUAUCCAUAAUCCAUGGCCUUAACAAGCAUUACUAUUCCUUCAACAUAACAUGCAGGAAAAACGAUCUUGAACAGAAGAUGUUGCUGAAUCUUCACAGAAAGACAUGGGCAGACAACCUUAAGCUCAGAAAUAUCAAGAAAGAGAGAGAAAAUGUAUUGAAGCUUAUUGAAAGUUAUGGAAAAGCAUGUAAAGAAGAAAGGAAUCUAACAGGUAAGAACCUUGAUAUGGCUAAAAUAGGUAAAGUGGACUACAGAAGACGGCUUCUUGAGAAGUGUGAAGAAAACAUCAUGGAAAACACCAUCUACAACCUCCUGUACUCUAUCCAUAGGUAUGUCUUCAACCAAUCGGACCACAGUAGCUAG